AUGUCUUCGGAAAAAAAGACCAUCCUCGUCCUCGGCGGCUCGUUCGGUGGUCUAAGCGCCACCCACUAUACCCUCAAGCAGAUCCUCCCCUCCCUACCGACCGAUACCUACCGCAUCGUUAUCGUGAACCCGAGCACCCACUUCUGGUGGCGGAUGGCCGGCCCGCGCGUCGUGGCCGUGAACGACCUCCUCCCCCGCGAGACGACCUUCUUCCCGAUCCUCGACUCCUUCAAGGCAUAUCCCGCCGGAUCCGUCGAGCUGAUCGUGGGCAAAGCGACCGCAUGGGACGCCGACGGUAGAAGCGUGACGGUGAAGCUCCUAGAGGACGGCAAGGACGCAGAUCGAGAGAUCGUGUACGACAGCCUGAUCAUCGCCACGGGCUGGAGCGCCGCCUCGCCGCUGUUCAACCACGAGGGCGACAAGAGCGUCCUGCAAGCCCGCCAAACAGAGUUCGUCAAGACUCUAUCCGGAGCGAAGACCAUCGUCAUCGGUGGCGGAGGGCCCGUCGCCGUGGAGACGGCGGGAGAGAUUGGCGAGGCGCUCAACGGCACGGCCGGGUGGUUCGGCACGCGUCCGGCGGUUCAAAAGGCCCGCAUCACCGUGGUGACCCGAGGGAAGAAGCUCCUGCCCGUGCUAGGACAGAAGCAAUCGACGGGGGCCGAGCAUUAUCUGAACCGCGUCGGCGUGGACGUGGCGUACAACUCGCUGAUCGAGCGGGUCGAGCAGGUCGGCGAGGGGAAAGGGGGCUACGCGAUCCACUUGUCGAACGGGGAGGUGUUGACCGCGGACAUCUACCUGGACGCGACUACCGUGAUCCCCAACUCCGACUACAUCCCUGACCGCUUCAAAGACGAGAAAGGGUACGUGAAAACCGACCACAAAAGCCACCAGGUCGACGGCGCCGGCGAGCGCGUGUACGUCGUGGGCGAUGCCGGGAGCUUCACGCGCGGCGGGGUGAUGGACAUGAACAACGCCCUCCCCAUUGCCAUGGCGAACCUGAAGAGCGACCUGCUCAAGGCGAACGGGAAGCCGGAGGGCAAUCGGGCCGAAUGGGUGCGGCUAGACCCCAUGACGCAGGUGGUCCCGGUCGGACGGCGGAGAGGCGUGGGCGCGAUCAACGGAUGGAACGCGCCGUGGGUGAUGGUGUGGUUGGCGAAGGGGAGGGAUUAUUUGCUUUCCAUGUCCGCCGGGGUUUUAUAUGGAAAGAAUUGGUAA